UCCUAUUCAGCAUGGCAUGUUUUUCCGUUACUUCUGAGUCUGAAGAAACUCAGCGCAACGCGUAGAGACCGCCAGGACUCACCUCUGUUAGAGGAGGAGGCAUGUGCAGUAGGCAGUAACGUUAGUUUGUUGUCGACACUGACAACAGCGUCUGCAGGCUGGUGAUUCCACUACUUGUAUUGGCGCUGCUGCUGUGCCUGGCCUGGUGUGCGCCGCAAGUAGGUACUGCAGUUGCAGUUGUGUCCGAAUCAGGAGUGCACAAUAGACUGGUGGCGAGUGGCAGUACUGGUCGUUGCACCCGUAUCGGUCAAAACACGACGUGUGCUGCGUGCCGCACACGCUGAUUCAAGUAAUCAGUAUUCAGGUUCCGCGGAUUUUUCUCCUUGCUGUUACGUGUGCGCGUGGUGGGGCUAGCGACUGACGUUGCUGGCAGAAGCCUUUGCUGGAGCAAGCUGUAGUGUAGGGUAGCGUUUCACUCAAGUCCUUGGAGCAUUUUCACCGCAUCAAAAGAGGUCCUUUUCUCCCGAGUGCUGUAUAUGAUCUAACCACUCACCACUCGACAUUCAUCCUGAACGCGAGCGCAGCCGUUCAGUUCCCUCUAAAACUGACUGGUUUUCUGAUAAAAUAAUUCGUCACUGCGGCGCGGGUGGUGCGCGGAGCUCGUGGAGAAGCAACAUGGCGCUUCUACAGCUGUCCGCAAAGUUUGUCGACUAUCCCGCAGGUGAGCACGCCGUUGCGCAGAAGCGUUCGUACUGUCUGUGAUUGAGUGGCUGUGAGCUGCUGCUGUAAUGGACCGCGUGGUCUCUCCUGCGCAAAACAGCUCGGCUAGUUGCUCCAGCUCGGACUCGCCGUCCGCUGCCGGAGCCACAGCGGCACGUAAACAGCCAGCCACCGUCAUGGACAACCCGGGUAAGCUGGCAGUGCCUGCGCUAGCGGCCAUGAGCCCUGCUGACCAGGAAGUGUUGGCCGCUACGGUCAAAGAUGCGCUGGGGCAGUACCAACAGCUGCAACUACAGACUCUGAAAGAAAUGGUCAAGUUGGUGGUGGCGCUACACCAACUUCUCGAUGGCAGUAAACAACAGAAAAUCAGCUCGCAAGUACUGACGGUAUUUUCGGACCUGAUAGAAUGGCGGACGAAAGGAGAUGCCAAGCUGUCCAGCACUGUCCAAACGGCCUUGUACCGCUUGAAAUUGGUGAAUGUGGACAUGCAACGGGCGAAGCAAUCUCCGCGCACCAGUACGCCUUCAUCGGACAGCGACCGAUCAACCGGAGCAGCGCUGGAUGAGGAAGGCAGUUCUGGUGCUGGCAUGAACGCCUCCCUACCGCCUACUCUGCAGCGUUCUGUGGACGAAGCAGCUGAUCUGGCCACCAACACCAUCUUUCAGUGUGUGGAGGAUGUGGUGCGCAGCAGCAGGAAAGUAGGGGACAGUCUUCUGCCGUUCUCUCAUAGCGACGUCAUGAGUCAGCUGGCCGGCGUAUUCGCUAACUAUGACAAAUGGCUCGGCGUUUCACACGAUUUCAAACAACUACGAUCGGGUUCGGCUCACCUAACUCGAGGUGAGCUGCAUGCUCUACACAUACCGCCGGAUAUCAAGAACGAUGCAUGGAGGCAGUCUAUGGGGCGUUUUGAAGUUUUAGUCAAGGAGUACAAGAAACACUUGAACAUCGUGCUCGGGUCCGCGUUGCCGGUCACUGUCCCAGCGCAUUUUGCAUCCCUGCCGAAAGGCAUUGAGGAUAUUCUGAAGGCGCAUCACUGUCGAGAAUUUGAGGCACGUCAUCUGGCUGCUGGUGCCAAGCUGAUGGCGAGCCGCUGUGAUUCACAAGACGGCGAGGCUGCAGACUGGGUAUGCUAUCCCAUUAUCAUUCAAGGGAAGCUUGAACCAUCCUGGCAACCAGGAACAAAGCUUCGCAUGGGAUUGAAUCUACGCAGGGAGUCCAUCAUGGAGCUUGUCCAGGACAUGCUGCCGCCAACAUCGCCACGCUGCAAGAGUCCUGAAGCUGGAGCCGGGUCACCUUCGCUCGUCGCCCGUGACUCGCGCGCUCAGCUCACGGAGCAGAUCCUGGUGGCUUCCCGGCCGGACUUGGCGUACACCAAUGCGCGCAUUGCAGCCCUACUGGUCUUUGGCAGGGCGAACGUGGUCACGGCUCUGCUGUGUCCAGUAUCACCAUCAGUGGUCACCAAGGAGGGCAUCUAUCUGCACGUCAAAGUACCGUUCCUCCUAACCUUGGUGGAAGAUCGACCAGUGAUCUGUGGUGUAAGCGACUCCAGCUUCCAGAAACCGGAGAUUGCUACCUUGAUUGCUGAACACGUCACAACAUUCACCUCUGGCAAAAUCGGCGGGCCAAAGGUGAACUUCGUCAUGCGGGACUCGAAAGAAGCGCUGCCGUAUCUGAACCAGGACCGGAAGACGCUAAAGUCGAAGAUCGAAACCCUGGCGGAGUCGGUACGGCGGCGGACCUCCAGCUUUAGCGGUAAAAACUCCGAGCACCGCCGGUCAAAGUUCUACCGCGAUGUUGACGAGGAAGGCCGUGUUCUCACGAACGGUGACAGCGCCCUGGACACGGAGGCGGUGGACACUGCUGCCGACGUCAAGGCUGCUGCUGCCCGUGAUUCCACCACCACUGCCGCCGCCACCGCUCAGCAAACGCCGGGGGAGCAGCCGGAGAACGACGUGGCGAGCUGGCUCCAGUCGCCUCCUGAACGGCAUGAAGGCAGCUCCUCUAGAAUAGUCCCACUACCUGUUCAGCAGCCACCGUCCGAUGAUGGCAGAGUGGCUGCUGCUAUGGCCGCUGCCGCCCGGCUCAGCAUGCACAGUAAUUAUCCGUACGGGGUGCUGGGUGGUGACAACCCGCAACCCGACUUUAGAGACGAAAAGUACGGUCAGAUCGCCCUGGACUGCUUGAUGCUAAGGGACGCUGCCGCCAACGACCACGACCGGCGAGUGCCACUGCUGCCUUCACAGCAGCAGCAGGCGCCAUUGGCGGCAGUCCUCGAUAUCUUGAUGGACGACGAGAUGCCGUCGGCUACGCGCUUGACCAGCUACAGCGAAAGCGGCGUUGACGCGCAGAAGGAAUGGGAGAUUGCCACCCGUGACGGCACCGUCAACCAGCCCACCGUGCGGCGCGGCGACGAGAGACGACGGGCGCGAUCCGACGAUAAGUUCUCGAUGGAAAACGAACUGAGGUACGGGCAGGCAUACCCGCCCUCCUAUUACACUGGGGGUGAGAAGGACGACGCAACGCACCGAUAUAAUCAGGUCACCGCGCCAUCGUCACUCAGCAGCAGCGCAAGCAAUCACAGUAUUGGUGCGGAUGAAAAUGACGGCGCAGACACAGCGCGCGCUGCUCCCGCUGUUGCUGUUGCUGGUGCUGAUACGUCCUCCAGCGGAGUUGAACCAGACAGGACAGCGGUCACCGGGACUGACGCUGAGGUCAUGUUUAGUGCAACAAGCAAUGGCAGCACAGGACAUGGCCAGGGCUCCGGGGACUCGUCUAGUCCCGGUCUGCUGUCCUCUAAUCACACUGCUGCUGCUGCCAGUGGCACUGGCAGUGCCACUGACUUCGACCAGUCUUCAUUGCAGAAAUGGUGCAGCUCGGGACAGACAUCGAGCACGGAUUCAUCUCCGAGCAAAGUUGCUGGUACCGCUCAAUCUCAGUCGGCAGAACAUCAUUAUCGCCAUCAGCAGCAGCAGCAGCAAUAUUUUCCGCUCACAGCAGGAGUGGACCAGAGUGAGAUCCGGCCAACGUCGGCACUGCCCAGUGAUCAAAACGGGCCAUUUGACAGCUCCUACCAGCAGCAGCAGCAGCAGGAUACCACCAUGGUUGUCACGGCCACAGGUGGUGACGGCAGCAGUUCAGUGGUUGCUAGCCACACAACCGGACUCAGUACGUCCGCGUCCGUGUUUACACCACCCGCUGACGGCAGUGACAAUGCUGGCAUAACGAUAGCGGCAGCCGUAGCGAGGGUGCCGAGUAGUGCCAGUAGCACAGGAUCCAGAACGAGUUCGUCCAGGCUGAGUGACAUGGCUGGCUUGACGGACAAGUCCGGUGAAUUGCACAUGUACGACUUCUUGCCGCAGGGUCUUUUCGAAAAGAAUAAUUCACAUCAACUGAAGAGAACGUCUAGUUCGAGCAGCAUGCACUCCAGUGGCAGCAGUGCGAGUGGUGAGAAGGCGUACGCGGACCAGAUGGAGAAGCGCAACAAUCCUCUGGCCCGUGCUCUGACACACCAGCAAGAUCACCACCAGCAGCAGCAGCAACAGCAGCAGACCCGGCAGCAACAACAUGAGUCACAGCAGCAACAGCUACACAACCAGCAGCAGCAGCAGCAGAUGGAUGCCAGUCAACAACAGGCAAAUGCAGCGAAGAACUCCACAUGGCCGAUGUACAAGGAAAAGGAAGGUGCUUUAUGGCCCAAGGGGCUCGGAGUUUCAGCGGCAGCUCAGUUGCAAGAGCUGCUCAGAAAGCGCCUAUUCAGGUUUACGGCCUGGAAGGUCGCUAUGCACAUGCACUGUACUCCGCUGCGGCCAGCAAGAAUGUCUUGAAGGAGGUCGAAGACGAUUUGAAGAGAUUGGAUGUGAAGCGUGGCAGUAUCUUCACCGAGUACUUGAUUAACCCAGCUGAACAUCGUACUUUGAAGCUCCGCAUUAUUGAUGAUGCAUUGAAGGAUGCCAAGUGCAACGAGGUCACACGAGGAUUCUUCA